AUGGUCAUCACAUUUGAUCUGGCGAUCUACGUGAAAGCGAAACAAAUCCAAUGGAAAUUUCCUGAAGAGUUCUCAGACACCGUAAUUCGUAUGGGUGGCUUCCACAUUGCAUUGAAUUUUCUUGCGGUCUUAGGAAAGAAAUAUCAGAACUCUGGCUUGGAGGAUGUAUUAAUAGAAUCUGGGGCGUAUGGAUCUGGUAGCGUAAUGGCGUUAAUGAAAGGAAAGACAUACAACAGAGGGGUGAGAGCACACAAACUGGUCAUGGAAGCGCUAUUUCGUCUGAUGUGGCAAUCAUUUCUACAUUGGUUAAACGGUGGAGGUAUGGAAUCCCAGGAGCAAAUUGUAGAUGAAGAGCAUAUUACUGAUUCAAUCAAAUCUUUUCGUUUGGCUGUUCAAAAUAAAGAUCACGUUCCACAGAGUUUGGAGGCUACUAUGUCCGAAUUGUUUACUUUGUUGGAACUUUUUGAAGUCUUCAGACAAGAACAGAAGUCCCGAUCGAAGAUGUUUGAUUUCUGGAACGAGUAUAUCAGCAUCGUUAUGAAUCUUCAAUUUAUCAAAGCAGAACAAACGUGA